CCAGAAAAACGGGAUUUAAGGGCCUUUCCUCCUUGCCUGGGCGUCAGGCCACCAGAAGGCUCUGCUGGACGCCAAGAGGUCUUUGGGCUUUUGUCAGCUGCUUUUGAACCUGAGGUUCCUGUGUCGUUGAGCCAGAAAUCAGACCACCGAAGCUCACUCCCUUCCUCUCCAUCUCUCCCUCUCUCCGAGACUCUGGCGGUGGCCUAUGAUCCUGAAGACAGCUGUGCAGCCAACUGGUGCUUCGGCCUUUGCGCUGUCCUGGGGCCAGCUUCCCUCGACCUAGGGAGGCCAUGGCCUGUGGAGGAGGCCCAGGUAAAGGCUGGGGGCUGUUGCUGGCUAUCCUCUCUGCUUCUGGAAGUUUCUGCCUCACUCAGAAUGGGCAGGACAGACCCACUGACUGGACUUCAGAGUCUGGAGGGUUCCAUCGGUCAGGGGAAUGGUGGCCACGUGGCCUCUUGCUGUGUCCCUUGUCAUAGAUCCGAGGAGCAACUCUGCCCCCUGAGCAUUGGGGGUCCCAGGGGAGAGGUGGACAGACACCUCCCUCCAACUGGCAUUUGGCAACAGGAGCCUGGACUUCCAUGCAAGAAAGGGAGACCUAAGGGUGAACAGUGGCCAAAAAAAACCCUAGAGAAUAAACAUCCAUUUCCUGGGUGGUUACAGAUCAUGACUUCCUGCAAAUCAACGCCAGGAGAGCAACUUACGUUCAUUUCUUUGUCUUAAAAAGUAGCAGCAACUGGCCCCACAGCGCCUAUCAUUGUAAUUUAUUGUGCCACCACCUAACAGGACGGAGUGGAGGGAAUUUGGAUAAACGGGCCGAGCUGGGCUUCUCUUCCUCCCUACAGAGGGGAGAUCUCAGCUCUUUGUCCGGAGCUGAGGAAGUGGUUUCUGUGUUUUACAGUUUUUCCAGCCAUUCUUUUUUCCCCCUCCUGAAGCAAGCAAAGAGUGUGGAAGCGUGUGCAGGCUUGGAAGAAGAACUCUCCAGAACGUGGAACUUAACCCUCUUUUAUAUAAAACAUGUGCUUUCUAAAGAAAAAUUGUUUCUUAUUUUUUGAGACUCCCUGAUCCAGCCUGGAGUCGCCUGUAGUCCUGGUAGCUGCCGUGCUUGGAAAUAACGAGUGCAUCCUUAUCUCAGCUACCUGCUCACAGCCCAUGGGUGGGUGGACUCGGCCCCCCGGAGUACAGACCCAGGUCCGUUCGGCCUAGUGAUGAUGUCAUCGUCUGUCCCACCUUCCUUUGCCCCCAGGAAAGGACGCAUCCACCGAUGGCGGCCCCAGCUGACUGCUGCCGUGUGCUGGGGAGCUGAAAUGAGGCCUGCCAGGCCCCUGUGUGCUGUACUCCAGAGCCUUCGCUCCCUUCAGGGUUGGCAACAUCUGGUGGCAUGUCCAAGUGGCCCAGCAGCGGAUGCUGAAGCACUGGAGUUCAAGGCCUUCACCUGCUCUAGGCCAGCCCUGUCACCACACCCACCACCUCCACUGCCAUGACCAGGCUGAAGGCAGGGAACGCCCUCCCCAGACCCACCGUCCAGCAAGGCCCCGAGACUUUUCUUCUGUGAUUUCCAAAAGCAAGGCAGCCGCGCUGUUCUGUUUCCUGUCCAUCCGCCACCUCCCUCCCGCUGCCCCAGAAGUUUCUAUCAUUCCAUGGAGAAAGCUGUGUUCCAAUGAAUCCUACCUCUUGCCCAGUCCCAGGCAGAGUAAGCAGGGCCCACCUAGGGCCCAAGAAAGAGUAGGAAGAAGGGGACGAGCCGGGAGCAAAACCACCUCAGACACCCGGGCCUUCUCAGCCUUCUCCCCGCGGCCAGCCGGGUCUCCGGGGACCCUGGGCCCUGGGCCGCCCAUUCGUGGCCCUCCCGCUGCAUCUCAGACCUGACUCCCACCCGGGGGGAUGUGGUGGCCUGUGCCCGCCUUCUCUCCCACCUCCCGACCCGCCCCCUCGCCCCCACCCCUGUGUGUUUCGCCAGUUAAGCACCUGUGACUCCACUACCUACUACUGGUUUUGGGUUGGUUGUUCUGUCUUUUUUUUAAUUAAAUAAAAACAUUUUUAAAAUGUU